UCUAAUUAUUUUCUGUUUUACAGAACGUUUGCCCAAAAUUGUAAUAACAUUGAAGAACUAAACCUAAAUGGCUGCAAAAAACUGACAGAUAGCACCUGUCAGAGUUUAAGCAAGCAUUGUUCCAGACUUUUAUAUUUGGACUUAGGUUCCUGUUGUCAACUAACAGAUCUUUCCCUGAAGGCUCUUGGGGAAGGCUGUCCACUUUUAGAACAUAUAAACAUAUCUUGGUGUGAUCAAGUGUCAAAGUAUGGUGUUGAAGCCAUGUCAAGAGGCUGUCAACACCUUCUGGUUUUCAUAUGUAAAGGAUGUCAUUUAAUCACAGAUGAAGUCAUUGGUGCUUUAACUAGGUUUUGCAAUGAUCUUCAGGUGAUCAACCUACAUGGAUGUAUUAAUAUUGGUGAUGAUAGUAUUCUGCUCAUCAGUCAGAACUGCCCCAAGAUUUACUACCUUUGUGUAUCAAACUGCUCUAGGCUCACUGAUGCAUCUCUUGUAGCACUAGGUCAGGGAUGUCACAAUCUCAGGACAUUAGAAGUAGCUGGAUGUUCACAGUUUACUGAUAGUGGAUUCCAGGCUCUAGCAAAGGGUUGUCACAAGCUGGAGAAAAUGGACCUAGAGGAGUGUGUGCUGAUAACUGAUAAUGCUCUGUGUCAUCUUGCUGUUGGUUGCCCUUCUCUAGAAACUCUAAGCUUAUCUCAUUGUGAACUGAUCACAGACGACGGGAUUCGCCACUUGGGGGCCAAUGGCUGUGCUGCAGACAACUUGACAGUGUUGGAACUAGACAAUUGUCCUUUAAUCACUGACUCUUCCCUGGACCAUCUAGUCUCAUGCCACAGUCUGCAGCGAAUUGAGUUAUAUGACUGCCAACUGAUCACAAGAGCUGGUAUUCGCAGGCUACGAAGCCACCUACCAGACUUAAAAGUUCAUGCUUAUUUUGCCCCAGUGACCCCUCCUCCUUCUGUAGGUGGAGGACGACCAGGAUACUGUCGGUGCUGUGUACUAUUAUGAAGGUGACAAUAAGUAUUCUGUAAACAGGUAGCUGACCAGGACCUAAUAACACAAAAAUAGGUCAGAUGCAAGAAGGCAAGUAAACCACACUUAAUUCUAACUGUCAUAGCCUGACUAGGAGGCUGUAUUAUCUGUGGUUUUGGUUGUUUUCUUCACCAUUGAUAUAUAUAUUCCACAUGCCUCAACUACUCUUUGUGAUUGACGUGUUUUUGUAUAGUUUCUACCGUCUGGUGGUCAAACACUGUUCUCAAGCUAAUGGUGUGCAGCUGUAGGUUACAUAGAGAUAGCUCAGGUUGUGGUAGAGCUAAAAAUGACACACACACAUAUAUACACAAAAUCAGUGAAAUAGGAAUUCUUUGUCUGCAUUCCUGUGAUGAAGCUUUCUGCUCUGUAGCUGUUUACAGCUUUUGAAUCAGAAUAAUCACUUCCUGUAAAUAUAUAACUAAUUGUAUCAACUGGCCAGGCCAACCCUAAUACCUUCCAACAAUAACUCUGGUAUGAUAUGUCAACUCAAAUGUUUUUUGUUUUUGCUUAACCAUAGAAAAGAAUAUUGUUAAGACACAAAUGUAUAGAUAUUCUGUGGUUAUAAGCAGUUAGGAUUACUAAUGUAAAUGUUUAACUUUUGUAUUUAUAGAUCUGUGUGUCUUUUGUUAAAGUAUUCAAUGCAAUUGAAGGUAAUUAAGAGGAUGAAAAAGCUUCUUUUAUAAAUGAAUAAAUAUAUAUAUAUAUAUAUAAUCUGGGUUGCAAGAAAAACUUGGAUAUUAAAUUUGCUAAUCUUCACAUUAAAGGCUCAUUCAAAUAAAUACUUUUUUAUGGAUAGUUCCUAGUUUCAGAAGGGGAAAAAUACUGUUUAGAAUAUAAAGAAAAACGUACGAGUUUUUUUAUAAUUCCAGUCAUCCUUUAAUCUAGCAUUAUCUACUUUGUUAUAACUGUAACUCUGUAGUUAAGCCAAUAUUUAUAUAUGGUAAUAUUUUGCUGCAUAUAUUCCUGAAAGUUUUCUGUAUUUUCAACAUUUCAGUUUAAUUGCCAAUAAUUGUGCUUUCUCCUAUAAGAUCUUGUGAUUCCAGACCACAUUAAAAACUGAUGCCAUAUUUUGUUUAAAAAUUUGACAGUGUAAGACGUGGCUACCUUGCCAUAUUUGUAAAGAAUGGUUAAAAGUUCUAUUAAAUUCUUCCCUGUUUUAAGUUUUUUCUCUUCAAAAACAAAAAUACUAAAAUUGUUUAGGAAAAAAUUAAAUAUGAAAAGGUAAAAAUAUUCAAUAGUUAUACCUUUUUUUAUAUGAUUUUCUGCUUUUCUUAAUUUGAUUAAAGACUAAUCAAAAAUUGAUAAUUAGCAUGUAAAUUGUAUUUUUUAAAGAUAUCAUGAACAUUGUGUACAGUGUAUCACUUAAGACCAUUCUAAUGUAUGUACAUUUUUAAUACACUUUGAACACAUAGAUUUAACGCUGUAUUCUGUAAGUUUAGUAUCAUUGCUAUAUGCAUUUGUUACCCCAGUAAAAUGUCCCCCCCCCCAAAAAAAGAUUGUUGUGAAAUA